AGUUACAGAUGCAGUCCUUGUCUUUUUUGAUAUGCGCAGUGGGUGAAAUUUUUGUGAACGCAAGGGAGGGUUAGGGUUUUGCCGGCGUUGCUGCAGCUUGCACUCUGAUCUCGUUUGUUGUCGGCUUCACGUAAUGGAUUCCAAUGGCGGUGAGGCAUCUCAAAUUCUUCGAGAAAUCGAAAAGUUGAAGUUAGCGAAAAGCGAGUUAGAGCAACGGAUAUCGUUCCUCCAAGCUCGUUUAGGUGAGCUGAAUGCCGUCGAAACGGAGGAGGAGAAGGAUUCUAACCAUUGUCGUCCAGCGUUGGUCAAUGGUGCAGGGUUCGGACAUGGACUGUCUCCAGAUAAUAUAUACCGAUACAGUCGACACCUAGUGCUAUCUUCAUUUGGAGUUCAAGGGCAGUCAAGUCUGCUGAGGUCUUCAAUUUUGGUGGUUGGUGCUGGAGGGCUUGGUGCACCUGCUCUAUUGUAUCUUGCGGCUUGUGGUGUUGGUCGGAUUGGUAUUGUUGAUCAUGAUGUUGUAGAGCUUAAUAAUCUACACCGGCAGAUUAUCCAUACAGAAGCAUUUAUUGGUCAAUCAAAAGUUGAAUCUGCUGCAGCUGCUUGUCGCGCGAUUAAUUCCACUGUUCAGAUAGAGGAACAUAAAGAAGCCUUGCGAGCAUCCAAUGCUUUGGAAAUUUUGAGCAAAUACGACAUAGUAAUAGAUGCCACGGACAAUGCCCCCAGCAGGUACAUGAUCAGUGAUUGCUGUGUAGUUUUGGGAAAGCCUCUUGUAUCAGGUGCUGCAGUGGGAGUAGAAGGGCAGCUUACUAUUUACAAUCACAAUGGAGGUCCAUGCUAUCGAUGCCUAUUUCCGAUGCCACCACCUACAACAGCUUGUCAAAGUUGUUCAGACAAUGGAGUUUUAGGAGUAGUCCCAGGUAUUAUUGGUUGCCUCCAAGCCCUAGAAGCUAUAAAGGUUGCAACAGCUAUUGGUGAACCCCUCUCAGGACGAAUGCUUCUUUUAGAUGCCAUAUCAGCACGGAUUCGUAUUGUGAAAAUAAGAGGAAGAUGUUUGGAAUGUGAAGCUUGUGGAGAGAAUGCAGUAUUCACACAGCAGUUAUUUCGAGAUUUUGACUAUGAGAAGUUUACUCAGUCUCCGCUAAAGAGGCCACCCUUGAAGCUGAACCUGCUUCCAGAUAAUGCGAGAAUAAGCACUGCAGAGUACAAAGAGAAAGUCAUCAAUGGAGAAGCACAUGUAUUAGUGGAUGUACGUCCUGCACACCACUUCAAGAUUGUUUCUCUGCCGAAGUCCUUGAACAUUCCAUUGUCAAGCUUGGAGAGUAAGUUGUCAGAUAUAUCUUCAGCCUUAAAGCGAGAGGAAGAGCGGACAAGUUCUGGUUCAGGUGCUUCUUUAUAUGUAGUAUGUAGAAGAGGUAAUGAUUCACAGAGGGCUGUUCAACUCCUCCAUAAAAUGGGUUUAACUUCAGCUCGGGAUAUUAUUGGCGGUAUAGAGGCUUGGGCUCGUGAUGUUGAUCCUAAUUUCCCUACAUACUAGCAGGAAAUGCUUGUUGUGAAAAUGUAUGGACAAUUAACUAAUGGCUCUGAUCUUUUGAAAUUUAAUGCUAUAUUUAAGGGAAAGUUCUCCCUGUUCAA